CCCUCUGCUCAGGGGGAAUGGAGGCGGGAGGGAAGGGGCUGCUGGUUCCUCUGCCAGUGAUAGUGAUGCCGAGGCACAGCACCCGCUCACCCACCAUGGAGUGCCUUUGAAAACAUGUCCCUCCCUCCCUGUGGGAGGUGUCCCUGUGCUGAGAGUGUCCCAGCUGUCCAGAGCAGCCCCUUGCCCUGGGCAGGAGGCACAGAGCGGGUACACAGGCGCCUGCCCAGCCCAGCACUUUGGCAGGGCAGAGAAGCAAGCCAUUGUCCCCGCGCACUGCCAGCGCCAGCCGCUGCCGAGGACCAGACCAGUGGAGGCUGCCUGGUGGGACGCAGCAGAGCCAGCAGCGGUUGCACCAUGGCCAGGCUGGUGGGUCCAGCAGCAGCCCUGGUCCUCCUCUGCCUGGCUGUGGGGCUGGAGGCCAGCCCGGAGCUCUCCGGGUAUCUGCGCAAGGUGCUGAGGAACCACACCGCCCACACCUGUGACGGGGAGCAGCUCCUCAUCAUCUGCCCUCGCAAGACCACCAUCAGCAUCCUUGGCGCCUUCUACGGCCGUCGUGUACCCAGCCCCAACCUCUGCCCCAGCCCUGGCAAUGCCUCCCAGGAGAGCACUGAGUGCACAUCUGCCACCGCUCAUGUGAAGCUGCUGGCUGAGUGCCAGGACCAGCAGUGGUGCCAGUUCUCCGUGCAUAGCCAAGUCUUUGGCCCGGACCCGUGCCCUGGGACGCACAAGUACCUCAUUGCUUCCUACAAGUGCCGGCCAGGGAAUCAUCGGGUCAAGACCGUGUGUGAGAAUGACAAGCUGAGGCUGCAGUGCCGACCAAAAUCCAUCCUGGCCAUUUAUUCUGCAAAUUACGGACGAUUCCUGCGGGGCAAGCCGGAGUGUGAUGCCCUCAAUGCUGGGGGGCCCCAUAUAGAGUGCUUGGCGCCAGACGCCCUGCGGAGGGUCUCCAAGAAAUGCCACCGCAAGGGCAACUGUACCGUGGCUGCUGACCGGGCCACCUUUGGGGACCCGUGCCUCCCAGGCAUGAAGAAACAGCUGCGGGUCUCCUACACCUGCGUGCCCAAGCAGCUGCUGGAGGAGGUGGGCCCUGACACCUCGGAUCCCUUCCUACUCUCGGACUACAUGCACGGUGGCUGGUACAAAGGGCCCAGGUUCUCCAGGCUCCGGGAAGACCGGAUGAUUUUUACUAGCUCUCUGGCAGCUUUUGCCCACCUUUGGGGCGUCCCAGAGAAAGUUGGCCUCUACUUUCUUUGUGGGGUCUCAGGAGGUCUCAUGCUCCUGCUCUGCAUCAUCAGCCCCAAAACGACCUUCCUCCAGGAGGUGGGGGAGGCUCUCAAAGACCCUGAGCUGGGGAGCAGCUCGGAGCUGAGCAGGGCCAAGCUGCGGGACGAGCAGGACGAAGACCUUCCCGAUGACAGCUCCUCGGACUCCUCCUUCCGCCGCCUGACCCACACCUACCGGGCCACCGAUAGCAUCUUCAGCCCUGAACUGACAGCAGCCUUGGAGGGAGCAGUGGAGCACCGGUGCCGCAGUGGGGAGGAGAUCUGGAUGCCCAAGGAGUCGAGCCCGUACGCCAUCCACAAGAUCAAAUCAGCCACCAAAUAGAACUGGAAGAAAAUGGCUGGAGAGCAGUGUGGGGUGGAGGCUAAGUGGGAUCUGACAUCUUGACAUCAGAGAGACACAAGAAUUCGGGCUCCUUGGGGUGAGGGGAUGUCCUGAGUGGCAGCACGGCAGCCCCAGUGCAUCCAUCAACCCACUGCUCCACCAGCCUGGAAACCUCUCACUGGGGUAAGGUGUGGUCCCUGGGUGUGAUGAGGGGCUGCGGGAUGGCUCAUGGGGCCCCUGGCUCCUUUGCCACAAACACACUGCUAACCCUAAGCUAACCUCCCCAUUCUUGGGUCAAAAAAGCCAGCUCUAGUACUUAAUCCUGCUCAGCUCUGCCGAGCUCACCCUGAGCCUUUCCUGGCUGUUUGGUCUUGUUUCUUCUUGGGUGCUGGCUUCCUCCCCUGGUGCUACAAACAUCCCCCAGCACUCAGGCAACGUACCAGCAGUGUGCCGGCAGCAGAGAAAUGGCCAGAACAUGGGGAGUAUGCAGGCAAAGCGGGUGGAAGAGCAUCACCCAGCACGGCCCUACCACACUGUGUGUGUUGCAGCCCAGGUAUCCCCAGGGGGGAUGUACCUCAGGGCUGGGGCACCUGGCAGCUUGGCAUGGUGCUGGCUUUCACUUCCCUGCAAGCAUUCAGGAGCUCUGCCACCCUUCAUGGCUCUGUGCUUUCCUUCACCUUCUCCCGCUGACAGGAGAGCCCUGGGGUUAACUUGCCAGGGCUUUUUCCGGUAAAUAAAUGCAACAGCUCGUAGACACAAUGUCCCUUCCUGACUCGGCCAUUAACAGUGAAAAGGGAGGAAAAAGGAAGUGGCAAAGCUCAGCCCUCCCUGUGUGGAUCAGCUCCUUGCCUCCCGCCGGCGUUUCUGGUGCUGGGCCAUGGGGAGCUACAAGUUGGGCCUGUUUUAGCAUGGGAAAGGAUAAGUUU